UUGAGAAAUACAGGUAAAAAAUUUAUAUUUAUUUUAAAACAUGUCAUCCUACACGAGAAGUAUUUGGUGUUAAGAAUCUAUUCAUAAAACAUCAUAGAUGUUGAAAGCAGAAUUAGUAUUACAAGCCAGGAAUAAUGUCCGACAUUAUCAAGAUAAGCAAUUUGAACAUGCAUCGAAUAACUCGUCGAUCCAGCAAUAACGCUAGCGAUGACAAAGAAAAACAAACGAAGCGAAAAAAUACUGAUGAAGAUUCUCUACCAAAUUCAAGUAUUAAUAACUGCAGUACUCCUGAAAGUUUACAUUCAAUUUCGUUGCGUAUAUCGUUAGACGAGGAAGCUGACAAUGACCACUAUAUCGACGAGGACUCAGACGCACCUUGCUCAUCAUCACACUCAGACUGCAGUAGUGGAUAUCCAUUACUAGAUAGCUCUCGAUCACCAUCUGAGAGAACUCUACCGGAAACACCAAAGAUUCAUGAAAACAAGAAACAUUACAGGUGUAAAACUGGAAACAGUGUGCGGUUUGAUGAAAACAAAUUAUUUUGUUCUGAUACCACUUAUGGAAGAAACGGCUCCAUAGAAAGUCUUUCCUCAGAUGAUAGAAGGAAGAAGAAAACGGCGAGGGUUUCUAAAGUCGCGUUGAAAUCCAAUUCUGUUAAAACUGUUCCAACUGAAAUAAAACCUUUGCAUCCAGAUGUAAUAUCUCUGCUUAUGUCAAAAAGACCAAAAUCUGCAUCGACUUUGACUUUCAGCGACCAAAGAAUUGCCACCAAGAAUACGCAAACUAGAAACGUUCCCGAAUUUAAAUCUCGACACACACAGGCCAGUGAGCCAGAAAAACAAAUGAACGACAUUACGAUUCAAGUCCCUGAACUGCACAAUAUUGGAAUUCAAUGUAAACGACAAGCAAAAAAACCGAAAGCGAUAUCCAAAGGCUGCCAAGUCGUUUAUGACUCGGUGAAACCUCAGGGAUCUCACGAUCUACCAGAUGAAAAACGUUUGGAUUACGCGAUAUCCGCUGUCGGCAAGUCACAAAAUAUGAAUACGCUGAGGACUACGUCUGCGCAAUGCUCGAGACAGGAGACAUUAGACGAAAAUUUUAAAAUGCAGCGGUGCAAAUCAGCGCUUGCUAUAUUGAUCACUCGUACCCGUGUAUCAAGUUCCUCUGGGAAACGAUUGGAAAAAAUCCGAGGUGAAACAACUGAGUUCGAUGUUGAAACUUCUAGCACAAUAUCUCUGAAAGUUCAUCAACAAGAUAUUCAACCUAAAUACCCUCACCGCGAAAGGCUUUUUACCAAGCGAAGCCCAAUUCGUUUCAAUCCUAAUUCUCGAUAUGCUAUUUGUCCAUCACAUCGAAACAGAAUACUAACCAAUCACCGCCCUAUCAUUUCACCUGAAAAACUGGCAAAGCUAAAGAAAGCUUACGGAAAAAACAGUGUUAACAUGAGUGGACUGAACGUUCGGAAAUUGAGAUUGCCGAUGCAUUGUGGGUACAGAUGUAUGUCCGCCAACGAUGUCAACAAUAUUGUUAAUCGUCUGAGUCAUCUUUCGUGUCGUACAAUUCAUGAUUGCUGCAGAGGUGAUCAACCGAAUGAUCGGGAAUAUCUGAGAUGCCGCACUGCAACUCCCUAUAGGAAUUCUGACUCAUUUCAGAAAAAUCUAUACGAAGUUAAUAAAUUAGCAGCAAAAACUUUUGACGAACGCCAAAAAUUAGGAUUCGAUAGAAUUCGUAGUGCUCCUGGAAAUCAAGAUGAAAGUGUAUUAGAAAAUCUGGAAAAUGUUCUAACAAAAAGUCUCCAUCAACUUGAUCACAGUUUAUUGCAAGCUAAAAAUGUUAUUUCAAGUCUGUCGGGUUUAAUCGAGCAAGUUUCGCCAGGACCACAGAUGGAUGAUAUGAGAACGAUUAAAUCUGCAGCUCAUUAUAGAGAACCACGUUCUCAGGUACACACAAUCCGACGAUGCAAGAGUCAAAGAGGACCGCGAAAGAUGACAAUUGAAGCAACAUGCCAAUGUGUUCGAGAAAAAAUCAAUUCCGAGUCGAAAAAUGGUGGCAUGACAAACUUUCCUGCGAUUCGAUCCCGUUCCGGGAAAACUUUGAAACGAUUUGAAAACAAUCUUUAACAGCGUACAAUGGUAGAAAUCUUUCACGGUAUAUAGUUGGUCCAAUAUCCUGUACCAAAGCAUACCCUGUACAAAAUUACUAUAUAUGUGUUAAAUUACUUCAAACAGUAUCAACGGUAUUGAAAUUGAACUGGCUUAUAAAAGGGAAUAAGAGUAUAGCACGUUUGACCAUUCAAAAUCGACGUUACUCACAAUAUUUACUAAAGUAAACAUUUUAAUAAGGGGAUAAAAUAUUCAAAUUAAUAAGUAAUAGGUAUGCGUAAAAAUUGUGCGACUCAAAAUCUUUUUAAUUGCUGCUAUCAACACUGAACUAUUCAUUUUAACACUAGUAUGGUAAGUACAGAACCGGAAAUUCACGUGUAUAGUUAAGAUUAGUAAAUGUGUGAAUUUUCUUAAUGGAAUUAUUCUAUAUAAAGCAUCGUGUAUAUAUAUAAAUUCGUUCGAUGGAAGUUAGCUAACUUUGAAAAAUAAUUGGAGUACUAGUAUUGCAGAGUCUAAGGAAGCCAAUUAUGUGGUAUACCUAAAUUAAGUGAAAAUGUUGUCCAGUGAGAACUUUGCAUGGAACAUGUCUAAAACCUCAGCUAAAUUUUGUUAAAUUGGAUGAUUGGAGAGAUUCCUUCCGACCAGUUCAAAGAAUCUAAGUUAGUUUGGGUACAGCCAUGUUUAGAGUGAACGUAUUACGCUAAUUUUUUGGGUUAGCCAUGAAAUAAAGUUUAGUUACAUUUCAUAUUAAAUAAAAGGUUUGUGAAAUGUUAUUAAAAAAGUUUUA